CGGGCCCGCGGGGAGGGGCGGCGGGGCCCGGGGUGCAGCUCCCGGGGCAGAGCGGGACCUGCCGGCCGGGGCGGGCUGCGGGGCUCGUCCCGCUGGAGCAUCCCGAGCUCGGCGCUCCCCCGCCCCGGCCGUGCGCUCGGCUUCCCUCGGUUUCCCUCGCGGCGUCCGCCCCGCUCCCUCUCCUGCCUGUCUCGCGAAUUUGAAAAGCAGCCGCUCGCUGCCCUCUCGGUGCAGCCGAGUCCCCAGCCCCACGACGGGGCGAUUUUGCCCCGUGCCGCGUUCUUGUGGCCCGGCUCGGGUGGUGUCUCUCUCCCCCGUGGAGCCGGUGCUUUUCACUCCGUGCUCGUUCCCAGCUGUCAGUCCCUCGACACACCCCCGCGCUCCAAGAUGUUUGCUGCACGGAUCUUCCCUCAAACAUCAGGUGCUGGACUUUGCCUCCCUGAACCCAGCCGUCCUCCUGCCCUUCAGCAGAUAUUUGUGCUUAAUGGUAAAAUAGUGAUUCCACAGGAGCACCCUUCAUCCUGCAAACUUCUCUGUAGUGCUUUUAAAGGAAAUUUCUCCGCACUUCACAGUCGUGUGAAAGGGAAAAGGGCAGGGGCUGAAUAGACGGCUUCAAACCUGUGCGGUCUUGUCCCAUUCCUUGCCCCCAAAAGCCCCGACUCUGCCUUAUCUCUGCCGAGCGGCCGCGAGUUCCUCAGCAGAGCUCCUUGCGCUGCGCCCGGGAGCGCUCAGCCCCGCACCCCGCGAUGGAGCCGCCGCUGCCCGAGGGCCUGUGCCCCCGUGCUGGGGACAGCCGAACGGGCUGCGAGGUGCGGGGUGUCUGCGGGGCUCUCGGCAGGACCGCAUUCAGGUUUCUGCCCUGCCCUGGGGAAUGCCUGAGCCAGCAGGUGCCUUCCCAUCCCGCUGUGCCAGUGCUGGUGCGUGGUGCCCUCGCCGGGGAUGCUCCUGAGAGGAGAUUUUUCUGCACGGUCGUCCGUGCGGUCUAAGAGUCACGGUUGCUUUAUUGCUCUUUUGCGCCCUGAACGGUGUAGGGGUUUGGGGGGUCUCGGGUGCAGGGGGACUGCAGGCUUUGCCAUAGCCUGAAAGGAGGAAAGAUGGUUGAGCUUUCUUUAAAACUGCCUGGGGCACUGAGCCCACAGAGACAGGAAGGGUUAACUUAAAGAGAACAACAUGACUCACUUGGUAAAUAGUUAAUAGAAUUGCUGUAACUACUUAAAAUGAUUUUCCUAAGCAGAUGGCCAACUAUUAGAUAACUCAGUCUUUGGAUGUAUUUGUUUUCGGAUUUCUUAUCAGGCUUGUAAGUCUCAGGGACAUGUAACUCAAGAACUGGAGUAAUUGAUAAAUUCAUUCUUCUGCAUGAGGGAAACUAACAGAGAGAAAGAAAGCAUGGUGAGCCCCUGCAGUUAGAGAUACCCCUGGAGCAUAUUGCCCAAGUGAGGUUGAAAAAGAUUAGAUAAAGUGACCAGCAAGGAUGUGAGAAAUAUUUCAAUUGAGUUAGGACUGUGGAGGAAAUACCUUAUUUUGAAUCUCAAUAAAAAAGUCAAUAUAAACAUAAUAAUGUACCACAAAAACCUAUGGAAACGAAAUCCUGUCUAAUGUGACAAAUGGAUUAAAUUCUGAAUUAACCAGGAAAGCUGUGAACCUCUGAAUUUGUAGAGAAAACAUGUGGGUACAAACUGCAAACCUGUAUGUGUGUACAUAAAAUAAAAAUGACCGAUUUCAGGGUGUGAAAAAAAAGGCAAGCAGGUCUCCUUUUUAAUGGUGGCCAUGCAGUACAUUUGUAAUUUUCAUAUGUAUAUAAUCUGUGUCUUUGCAUAUAUAUUUUUAUACAUAAAAAUAGAAUCAGCAUCAGAUCAGGAUCCCUUCUACCAGGUCAAGGAGUGUUGGUCCAAUAAUGAUGUUUUUAGCCUCUGUCCUUCUAUCAGUGGGUGGAAAAGGCACUAAAGGUCUGAGCUGGAAAGCCUCUGCCAGGUCUCCCACGUUUGCAUUUCUCUUUUUGCUGGUAUUUUAAUAGGAUGUUUCCAUAAGGGCUGCUGCUGCUAUUGCGUUUGGAUAUAAUAAACUUUUGAAAGAUCUUAUUUUUUUUUUUUUAAUCUUCAGUGAUGGAUUUCUUGUAGAGCUGUGUGGUUAAGUUCUCCUAAGAGCCACUGUGGAAAGCUCAGCCCUGCAGAAGGUUUGGAGGGAAUCUUUACUCUUCCUUUCAGUGCUGUCUCAGAAGGGCCUGGUCCCCCCUUGGUUUUGAGCCUGGCUGCUUUUACAUCUUGUGUCAAGGGAAAGCCUCUCCCUUUACCACUUCCUUUCUGCCUGCCUGACUGAUGGCUGUAUGAUUUCUUGCCUGUACAGGAUGUUUAAGGUUUCACAGAUUUCCCACCAUUUUCACUAUGCUUGAGCUCUUCUCUGGGGUUUGACAUUUCUGCCCACAUGAGGUGGGACAAGGCACAGUGUGGGGAAAGUCUCUGAGUUCUGCACAGCUGGGAGUGAGGUGUUCCCCAUCCAAGGGCUGAUGCCAACAACUCUCUUGGUGUCCUGCAAAGUUUGUCCUUCUCUUCAGCUCGAACAGAUUCUGGCUCUGCUUGUUCAUUUUCUCAUUUGAUCUGGAUUGUGAAUAACUCCCAAGGUUGUUCAUUAUUAUGUGAUUUCUAUCUGAAAAUGGAGAUGGGCUAUUAAACUUUUUUUUUUUUUGUUGGACUCUAAAGUAAAAACCAGGAAAGAGAUCUUGAGCUGUGUGCCAAGGAAUCAGAGAAGAUCCUCACAAGGCAAUGGAGGGGGAUUCCCUUUUAUCAGGAUGUCUGGUAUUUGGGACCAGAAGGUUUGGUUGCUUCAUGGACCAUCUUCAGGUUUUUUUCACACAGUGCUCCUGAACAGCCUUGGUGAAGCUACUUGAACAAAACAGCACCAGUUCCUUGUCUCUCUGCUCAUUACAAAAAUGUUGAGGGAGCAUUUAAAGCAUCAUUUAAUGAGAUGCUUUUGUAGUUGAAUAUUGAAGAUUGGACUGUUAGGGGUGAGGAGCUGGCAGCAUUCUGUCUUGGGAGGACAGGAGAGUCUGGGCAGAUGCAGAAGGUGAUUUAACCUCCAAAGGCUUCAGAGGUUUCAGUUCCUUCUGUAGUCAGAAGAUGCUUCUCCCUUCACAAAGGUUGCAUCCAUACCAGGAAUAAUUACUGGUCGCAUAGCACUUUUUUUUUUCUGCAGUAAACCUCUGUAGAUCACAAUGGACAGAUGGCACAUACAAUUCUCAAUUAUGGAAAGUAUCCUUAGGAGGCACUUGGAGGUCAUCUAACCCAGACCUCUGCCCAAAGGCAGCUAUGGAUUUGCCAUUCCUGAUAUCUUUCUCUAUCCUGCUCCUAAAGGCCUGCAGUGGAGACUCCUCACUUUCCUGGUGUGCAGGAAAUAUCCCGAUGUCCAGCUUAAAACUCCUUUGCUCUAAAUUGUUCAUUCUGACCACAGUGGGCAACCCACAGACAAUCUGCAAAGAGUAUUUCAAAGCACUUCACCAAAUGCAGGUAUUUGGUCAAUGUGAGUGGGUAAAGGUGUGAUCUCUUUCAUUCUUCAGCCUGGGUCCUGGGGUUCUUGCUGAUGGAGGUUUUAAUUUUUUUAUUUCUUUAAAAGUUACACAUUUCAAGCCCAAAUAAAAUACUUUUAUUACCACUACAAAUGCAGCUGUGGAAGGCAGGGUUUGAAAAGAAAUGUCAGCUACAAGACAAAUUGUAUUUAUCUUAGAUGGUAAGUCAGGGGUUGCAUGCAGAAGGUUUAUCACUAUCUGACAGGUAACAAGAUAAAGUCCAGGUGUUACACAGGGAUGUGGAAAGACUUGAAGCAGGAAUAAAUAAUGCUUUACAAAGCAUUUUUGGGGAACAUUUGCAAACAAUGCAUCUGAGACAAUGGAGAAGUUAGCAGGGAGGGAAACUUCUUUCAGGGAUGAUUUGGUCAAGGGACAGGGGGAGGGAAAGGCGUGCAGGGGAUGAGGGAAUCUUCCCGCCCCUCUCUGAUACAAGGAGAGGAAAGGGGGGUUUUCCUGGAGCUUUGGAGACGUGACGGGUGACAUGCUGGGCUGUCUGUGUGUCGAUUAGCAUUUGUGAUUGCUCCCAGUGCCAGGGGGGAAGGCGCUCCGGCCUUCUGUCCUUGCAGCUUGGGGCAGUUUUAUCUGCCGGCAGGCUGCGAUAGGCAUUCCCUGUGUCCUGUGCCCGGUGUUGGCGGCUCCCAGCUGCAGCCGUGGCCUUUGUUCCGCAGCUCCCGGGGGGAUUGGGCUGCUGGAGCCUCUCGAAGCCCAGCCCGAGCCGCGGGUCCCGUCUGAGCAUCCCCCGGGCAGGGCAGCCCCUCACCCGUCCUGCAGGAACGCUGCUGAGCGGAGCCAAGCCCAGCUUCUGGCGCAUCCCUUCGGGAAUGGUGAGGUUCGCAGUUUUCCCUGUUAGAAGUUUCCUCACUCAGUCUUCUGACAUCAGAGUCUCCUCCGUUUUCCCCCUGGCUUUGCUUUGUUGGAGAUGUUUUGGUUUGGGUUUGCACCGUUGUGUUCUCCUCUUGCUCCUUGUCUUCCUUUUCACGCCCCCCCCCCCCCCCACCCUUUUAUUUUUCCUAACUAGGACAGCAGAAAUGUUUCUGCUCUCUCUGCCUGUUCUCUUAUAUUGGCCUCUUAUGCAAAUCUCCCUUCUUGUACUGGGGAAGUCCUCUACAAACAGCCCUAUCAUUUUAGUUAUUGAGUUUUCCCCUAUAGAACAGGACUGUCAGAUCCUGGUAUGAAUCAGCUGUUGAGAUUAAGAACUCAAGGGAAGUAGGUGGUUAAAUGUCAUAUUCUGUGGAGGUAACAACUUUGGUUUCAGUAUGAGAUCCAUAUACUUGGGCACAGACUGGGAUUUUCCAUAGGAAACAUUCCACUGGAUAAAAGACAGCUAAGAGGUCUUUUUACUAAAAUCUUCAGAAGAGAGGGACGUAAUUGAAAUUGAUUUGAAUAAUUACAGUUUCCACAUACGUCCAAUCCACAGAUCAGUGCCCAGGUUCAAUGGGAAGGUGGAAAAUCACAUCAGACUGACCUGGGCUGGCACCAGCACCAUUACAGCUCCUGGAGGAUGUGUGGGGAAACACACUGAUGUUUAAAAAGUUUGUAAAAUGUUCUGCAGCCCGGAUUUUGACAAAAAAAUUACCUGUGCCAAUGGCUACCCAGUCAGGGAUAAUCUGGGACUGUUUCUGAUAUUCCCAAAAUGCAGGGCUCUUUAGCAGACCUUUUAAAACUGAGGCACCUAACUUUGUCAAACACCUGAAAAACAUUAAUACUUUCUUUUAUGUCAUCCGGUGUCUUAUGAAAAGUUGAUCCAGACUUUGCUUGACCAUUAUGAUUCAUUUAGGGCUUUUGUUAACUUUCCUACCCCAUUCCUAAAGGGAAAUCUUCCUUUUCUUCCACAUAGCCACUGUACAGCCCAGCUGUAUGAUUAGAGCAGGCAAGAGAUGGACACAGUCCACAUGGGAGAAAGCAUCCUAAAGGCUUGGGGGUUUCUUCUGAGCACCUCCUCGGGAUCCACCUCUGCUUGAUUCAUAUCUUUUGUGUUUGGAGUCAAAUGUCACAGUCCCUAAGGAAUUUGCCUUGGGAGUCUUUUGUGGUUUAUCCUUGUUUGGCAAGGUGUGAGGAUCAUGGUUGUCGUGUAUUUGAGAAAUGAUGGCUAUUUUCUUUACGGAGGGACCUUUUCUAUGAUGUCUUGUUGUGCAGAGACUGUAAAAUAUGUAAAGUUUUCAUAGGACAGAAGGGCCACUUCCCAAGGCUGGUGGAGGUGUCUCUGCUAUAGUAGAGUCCUGACAGCUGCUCUCUCUCCUUUCUGCUCCCUCUGGACAAGAACAGCACCUCAUGCAGCAAAUGCAGUGAAAUGCUUUUUUUGAAGUGAUUUAUGAAUGGCUGCUGGCUCUCCAGUGCGAUGUUUGGAUGCAGAAGGACAGAACUCUGGUGAGAAGGGCCGUUUCCCCAGCCCAGCAGCUCUGUGCUCCCCAGCCCAGCCCAGCCCAGCCCAGCCCAGCCCAGCCCAGGAGCACUGGCCGGAGAUGUCGGGGCAGGAAGCCUGAGAGGUGCGGGGCUGUCACUGCAGCGGAUGCGGUCUGACCACAGGCUGAGGAAAUGACAAAAGGACUCCAGAGUCCUCCGAGCACCAGCUAAGCACUGACACUCUGGGAUCAGUACGGUGAUAUUGGAAAGUUCGGAAUAAAUCGGAUAAUAAUCAAGGACCUGGGGAAAAACCUCUGAGUACCUCGAGUGUCGGUGUGGCUGUGAGAGUGGAAAUGCAAGUCACCUCACAAGGGUGACAGCAGUGUGGUGCAAGUCACAGCAAAGAGGAGAGGGAAUGACAUGUGGCCUCGGGGCAUGGUCAGAGCAUCAUCUCCUUAUCCACAGAGGGUGGCAGAGUCCUAAAAAUGUCUUAAAUAGCUUUGAGGCUGCGACAGAAGCACUGGCAGGAUGGUGAGGCUGACACUGAGCAAAUCAGCAAUAGCAGAAUGCUUUACCAAAUGGAUGAGGGAAAGUUGCUGGAAACCACUCCGGACAGAAAAUUUAUUACUGUGGCUUUUGCCUGCUUUUGGGAUGAGCAGUGUUGUACAAUGCUUUCAUCGGGAUAGGGAAGGACAGCUGGGGAAUCAUUUUAAGUUACAGGGAGAGAGAUAGUAAGACUUACAUUAUUUCUGCUGUGGAAGGAAGUUGGUUGUCCUGCUACAAACGCCUCUCCCUGCACUGGGGUGAGUUGUUGUUUCACCAUCAGAGUUUCUGCAAACCCUCCUGGCAGCCUGCAGGACAGGGCUCGAGGGAGCAGGGAUCAGGAGCAUGGUGGAGAGAAAACCUGUACUUAGAGAGGGCAAAUAGGGUUUGGGAAUAACUGGAUAAAAAUGCAAGAAAACUAACAGAUGUACCCAAUUCUCAACUGCCUGUCUGGAAACUUCAUACAGGAAUAAGAGGCAAAGUCACAUCUGGAGAGAAGUGAUAUUAUUUUAAAAUAGACCAGAAUGGAUGCAUUAGCAAUAUGAUAAAUAUAUUCAGAGUAAAUUCUUCCCUUUCCUGUAUUCCUCAGUGGGUCACCUCUUCUUUAUAUUCUGUUUCCUCAUUUCUCUUAUUUUGUCCUUGAAGGAAAUGCUCCUCAUGUGUGAACACAGCUGGCUUUAGUAGGGCUGUGAGGAGGCAGAGUUUGAGUUCUUCCCUCACACAGGAAAGGAAAACUGGCUCCUCACAGGCAUUGUGGAUGAUAUUGGCAGUAGUAACUUGUUUCUGGCCAGGGUACAUGGUUUUAAUUAUGCUUUUUUACUAUGAAAGCCCAUCCAAAUGCUCUAUGUUUUUAUUUUUAGAAACACCACCAUAGAUAAAUGAACAUCAGCCGUCCUGAGUACAAAUAAUUUGCUCAAAAAUCCAACAUGUUUCGGUGUCUUUUUGGCAAUAUAUCAUGAUGCCUGCUGCCCAGCAAGACUUUGGUGAGCACAGGGGAGCUGUUUUCCCUUCUGUUUGUUUGAUCUGGCUUAUUUAACAGCUGGUCAUUCAUCCGUACUUAGUUUUGCCCUCAUUGGCUUUUUGUGACCAUUAGAAUUGGAAUAAUUACUGUGAGGUUUUCUCCUUGCUUUUAAACAUUUAUAACAUCCACUUAGGAAAAAAAAUAUGGUCAAAUGCGCUCUGUUCUAAUCUUCUACUACCACAAUAAAAAUUAAUCCACUUCUAGCACUUGGAGGGCAGGAGGCAAAGCUGCAAUAUUGGUUUGGGAUUAGCUAUUCCUGCCAGCCAGCCCAUCUGUGUUAUCAAAUGACCUUUGCUUGUUGUCUAGAGGGAUUUCACUUUUGGGGCAGUUUUGGUUUUUAAUUUUUUUUCUAAUGGGUGUAAACAGGAGGAGAAGAGAGGCACAGGACAGGCUGGCAGGGUGUGGUUUUGUCACAGUUUCAGUUGCUGUCACUGAUGCAGCAGUCUGGGUGUCUCUGGUAAAUCAGUCGAGACUUCACACCCGGGUUCACCAUGCUUGUUGCUGGAGCACUCCCUCCUUUCUUGGCCUGGACUGCAGCAGGGAUGGAAAUGUAAAACAGAAUUAUUGCCCCUCUUUCCCAUUUUUAGACUGAUAGACAAAGUUCAGGCACAGUACAGGUCUCUGAAGGGCCAUUUCUUCUGCCUUUCACAAGUACAAGAAGGGAAGGUUUUAAGUCUUGGAGGGCUGUUCCUUUCCUGUAAGAGGGGAUGACACCAAAUUUAGCAAAGCUCAAGCUCUCAUUUUACUUAUUAUUUCAGAAUAAUUUGCAAAGCCCAUCUAGAAAGCUCAUUACCCCACAGUAGGUUUAUAUUACAGCAGCCUUCACUUCCCAAGAGGACAUAAAGUCUGUGGUUCCAGAUAUCCUUGGCCUUGAUUUUUGCAGUCAGAGCAUCAGUGGUUCAGAUGAUACUUUGGAUAAAAUCUGAAAUGUGCUUGGAAGGGUCAGACUGGCAUGUGGAGUCCCUUGAUACAACAAAAAUUUCCACACCUGCUCAUGUUCUGCACUUGCAAUGGUGUCCACACAGGCAGGCGUGCAAGGAGGGCUGAGGGAAAGUGUAAGUGCUCCAGGUACCUGAAAACCAAGGCCAUGGUGUGCUGAUAAUUUUGCCUGCUUUGUUUCACUUGCAUCCUUUGUUAACAAAGAGCAGUCUAGAGGGAAAUAGUCUAUUAUUAAUAUUUAAUUUCCUCCUAUUACUGUAAGCAGAUGACCUAAAAGAUCAUUUAGGCAGCAGCCAAUAAUAAAGCAAAGAGAGGAAUCAGAAAAUGUAUGUCUUGGUUAGGUGGGUGAUGCGUCCUUCCUUCUCCUUCCUGCCCCACCCAGCCACAGCUCUUCAUCCUUCCACGGGAGGCAGGGCUGAGGAUGCUCCCCACAGCUGUGUCUGAGCAGUCAGGCACCUGGGAAGCUGCUCUACCUGAAGUAUUCACAAAAUACCAAACUUCAGAAAGGAAAUCCUUGAGCAACACGGAGAAGUGCUCCUGCUGCCUUCCCAAUCGUUCUCCCAAAGGACACCUGCUUUCAUCAUGUUUUACAGCCCCGGUUGUUUUGCAAAUUUGUGUUUUGCCUGUGAGCACAUUGGCUCGUUUAUUGUGACUUGAUCCUCUGAAGUGGUGGGGAGAGACAAGAUUUCUUGGAGUCUUUGAUUUAAAAGAUAGGGAGAUUCUCUUUGAGCUGAAGGGAUUUCAAAGAGAGGAUAAAAACUGACAAGCAUCUCCCUUCCAGGCUUUGGAAAGUAGGAAACAAAUGAUUUAGCAGCACCAAUUUUUCUGUUGAGGGCCAUAUGUGAAUUCAAGGAUUUUUCCUAAGGGAACUAAGUAAUCUGCAUGUGGCUGGUACAUGGGAAGGGUCAUGUUGUCAAAAGGAGAUGCAAGAUUGUGAUCUGUGGAAUGAGCCUUGAUGAAGAGCCCCUCUGGCCCCCUUAAGCUGCCUGCUGCCUCUCCUGCCCCAUCCUCGGGCAGACACAGAAACCAACCCCUCUGGGGCCUGGGGGAGCUGCAGUCUGUCACCUACGUGCCCACAGACUCUCUUGGGUGCCCUAAGGGCCGCUGAUCAUCUGGAGGUUUUGCUAAUAAGUGAGAGGAGCUGUCAAACUGAAGUGUCACAGGCACCAGAGCCUGGCAGGCACAGAGGGUGUCUGCUCUGGACCAGCUGACAGAGCCUGGGCAGCCAAAGCCUCCCAAAGCAGGAUGGACUCAGCCUGGAGGGGCAAAAAGCAGGAGAUGAGCUUGUCUGAGAUGGGUGAUCUGAACCAAGCAGUGGCCAAGGGCUCAGCUCAAUGCUUUUGGCACUCAGGAGAGAGAAGGGGCAGAACCUUGGUCCAAAGUCAACUGGAGAUGCCAAAUUAAAGCUUGCUUAGGCUCUGCUGGAGAAUUGCUUCAUGGGAACGUGCUGUGCAGAUGCUUUAUUGAAUUUUCAAGGGGGAGUUUCUCAUUGGGACUGAAAUAUGAGAGAGAACAGAGUGUUCCAAGUCACUACAAGUGAACAGAGCACCAGGUUUACAGGUUUGUGAAUGACAAAAAAGGUUUAUUUAAUAAUGGGGGAAAGGCCGGAACAUAGCCCGGGGUAUCACAAAGGAAUUAACAAAAUAAAACAAGGGCUUAUGAAGAAAUACUAAUUGUAGCUGUCCAGCCUGUUGGGUGACACAGGUUAUUUUUCUUAAGUUUCAAGAAGCUUGCCAUGCUGAUCCCUCAAGGGCCUGAGAUGUUAAAUAUACACUUCCCCAGUGAGUAAAGCAGAUUGUUAAUUAAUUUUUUCUUAUUAGACCUGAUUGCUAAGCCUUUGGGUCCUGCAUGAAGUAGACAAUUCUACAAUAAAUUUUGUUUUGCCUCUGGAUCUAUGUCAUCUUCUCUGGGUGGUCUCUAUUUAAUUUUGUCCCUGUACAGUGAAUUUCUAGCUGUAUAAGCAGAAAGAGUGCUCUUGUUUUAAAGCAAGUUGCAAAUACUCCUGAAAUGGAGAGUUGUUACGUCAGGUGAGCACUACAGCAGCUGACACAGUGGGAGAGGAAUGAGGAGAGGUGGGUGAGCUCAGGCUGAACAUGAACCCUCCUGUGCUGUGGCACAUUCUGUCAGCAGCAGGUGAAGCUGGGGUUGUGUGGCCAGGAAUUGUUUUUUCUAAUGUCAGUGGCUACUCAGGGGUGCUGAAGCAGACACAAAAUGUUGUUUUGUCGUGGCUGGGACACCUGCUCAGCUCCAGCCAUUUCUCCCCUGAGAUGUGCUGGCUCUGCAGAACUCUGAGUGUUUUCCAGCCCAUCUGAGAGCAGAGGGUGGAAGGACAUGCUGUCCUUUUCUGGACAUAACAUUCCCAUUGCUUCAGAAUAAAGGACUGGGGCUUGGGAUGAAGAAUCAGGCCACUGUUUGUGUGGAGAGAUGGGAAGCGAGGGACAAAUUCAGAGAUAAAAAAUUCAAAUUUAACAUCAGGCCAUGAAACAGUCAAAGUAGAAGGUUGAAAGCUCUGUUGUGUCAGGAAACAUUGUGUGAUGUAGUCAUUAAACUUCAGAUUCCAGCACUGUGCUUUUUCAGGUUCAGGCAGAGGUGUAGGAAAUUUCAGCUUUGUGCUGAGCCAUUGGGAGGUGUGGAACCUCCACAGUGAAGUUUGUAACUUUUCCUCCACGUCCUGCUGGAAUUUGAGAUGAGCCAUUGAAAGAGGUUAAACAAAAAUGCAUCUAGGAUUAGUAUGGAUUCGUGAUCCUACUGAAGGGAGCUCUCAAAUGGGGAAGAAUAUCCAGGAAUUUUGCUUUGAUCCUCUUCACUGAGGUGUAUGAGCUGUGAACGUGACGGGCAAGAGCAACAUGGCAAGACUUCAGGUAAAUCCUCUGAGCAUCAAGAUGCAAGUGCCCAGUUCUCAGGCUGGCUCCUCUCAAACAGGGCUUCCCUUCAGUUCUUCUGACUCCAUCUCUGAGGAGCCUGUGGGGGAAUUAUAGUGGAUUUAGCAGUAGCUUUGGCCCAAGUAUGUCAGGGUAAUUUGUUACGUUUUUCUAAGCUUGGCCCGGUGCUGGAGUUUGAACGUGCUCUUGUCCUGCAUGGGGAGGUGUGAGCCUGUGGGAAGGUGUGUGCUCCUGCUCUGUGCCUGACCUUGUCCUGCUGAGGGACUCAGGGGCUCACACCUACCUCAGAGUCCCAGGCACAGACAUGUCCCUCUUCCUCUUAGGAGCCUGUUUUGCCCACUGCUUCCUUUGUUAGGUUGUUUUUUUCCUCCUACCAGCUUUUUCCUGUGUUUUCUUUCCUCCCUUCUUGCUCACACACAUGCACAAAGCAUUGUUUGUUUCUCAUCCUGCUCCUUCUGUUCUCUCUGCCUCCAGAUUCUUCUUUAUUUCUAUCUCAUAUUAAUUCUAAUCCUCUUCCCUGGAAGCUGGGCUGGAGGGUGAGGUUUCAAUAUUGCUGCUUUGAAACAAACCUGUUGGGAUUUGUAAUGGACAAGCAGAGGCUUGCAGGGGCAUAUCACUGACAUCCCUGAAAUCCAAGAAAGUAAAAGCCAUCUUUGGGAAGUCACUGAAAACAGGAGGUUUUGCUGUAGGAACACAGACAAUAGAGAGACUUCUUGGGGUUCUUCUUCUUUAGGAAAGAUUAAAUGGAUGAUCCUUAUCUUCUUCUUCAUAUCUAGAUCACACACUGAUCUCUUCUGUUGAUUUCUUCCUCUAAAACCAAACAAAACACAGAAACAAGAUAGCUGAAGAUAGAGAAAAGCAAGGGUUUUGAAGCACGUCCAAACCACCAAGAAUCAUUCACUUUCCUUUCAAAUGCAGCAUUAGCAAUAGAGCUCUAAAUCAAUGAAAGGUCUAAAAUUAGAUUAUAUUCCUGAGAUCAGAUGUGAAUCACAAGUUAAUCAUAUUUUCUUUUAUUAUCACUGUCUUUACCCUUUUAUUUUAUCCUGAGAAAUUAGGUUUCUGACUGGAAAACAGAGUGAACUGUGAAGGCAUCAAACCCUGAUGGGUGAGACCACGCCAGAUCACCAGUGGAUGGGGCUCAAAAAUCUUGUGUUUUGGAGGUUCAAGUUGCAUCCAAAACUGAGCUCAGUGAUUUAUCAGUUAGUGCUGUGUUCCUCUCUCUCCUAGCCCUCUGAUGUAUCAAGCUGUUUCUUAAAUUAAUGAGAAAAUAUUAUUGCUAAAGCUUGCUAAAUAAGGUUUGCAACCCACUCUGCAAGUGACAGGCGAGGACAGCAGGCAAUUAUCUCUUGACUGUGGCACAAAGCUCAGGGAACUGUGCUCUCCCUUCUGUAAUUUUAGCUGAAACUCUGGUGAAAUGCACCCAUAUCUGAAGCAGAGGUACAAGGUGACAUGCAAGGGCGUGCAGGUGAUGUGUAUCUGCUUGUAUGAAAUGCAGCUGCAGGAUCGUUUCCUCACGAGCAGCACCAACUUUAGAGCCAGAGCUGUCCCAGGACACUGCAGGAACUGGAAUGCAGCCCUGAGCCACGGCACUGGCAUCGUGCCUGCAGGUGUAUUUCUGGGAGAGGUGUGUUUUGGUGGACGUGUUUCUGGCUGGUUGGAGGUGAAGGAUGAUGCUCUCCUGGAUGCAACAAACACUAUGGACAGUGCAGGUAUAAUGAACAAAUGGUUUUCUUAUAGGGUACAGGUUUACAUGAACAGAAAUAAUGGAGUUGCAGGAGGAGAGCCUGCAGAGAUCCUUGCAAAGAGUGUGCACGGUCAGCAGGAAUGUCCUCGAAGAUGUCCCUGUCUGGCACACCUUGAACACUUCUCCCUGCCAUGGAUCCAGUGCCUGGAUAUAUGGAAGCCAGACAGGUGUGGCCACAGAGGGGUGACCACUCAUGCCAGCAGUGAGGCUCCCCUGUGAAUGAAGGCUCAUGUCCUUGCAGAGCAGGGUGUUGGUGCAGCAGUUUUGUGGCAAAGCACGUGAGGGUGGGCAGCACGUGAUGGCUCAAACCCAAUGUUUGCAAUCAGAGUGAGACAGGUGUGUGUGAAAGGCUCUUCCACCUUUCCUCUGUGCAGCCUCAGCACUUGCCAGGACAUAAUUAGUGAGGCUCUCGUGUUUCAGGGCGGGCUGUGGAGCAGCUGCUGAAGUGCCAGCUCAGUUGGUAGCCUCAAAAACAAAACGUCCCUUGUUUCUCAUCACCACUGUGAAAUGCUUCCUGAACUUGGGUUUGGCCCUGCAGCUUUCAGGAUAGACAAAAUGUGAGAAUUUUGCCAAUAAUGUUUUCUUCUAGGUCAGUUUAAUAUCCGUAAUCAAUUUAAUGUGCCACUUUAAUGAGAUUUUGCUUUCUCCGUCUCCUCCAUAGAGCUGAUUACUUAGUAUAUGUGGUUGGUGUUUUGUUUUCUUUUCUUUUUAGAGGAAACUGCAAGUGAAGAAGUUUAAUGUUUGCUCCAGAUGAAAAGAGUAUUUCCCAAGUCCUGGUGGGAAAAGGUGAAAAAGAGGACCAGAGGAUGUUGCUAGUAGGUAUGGAGAUGACAGGAAGCCAUGACUAGAAGGGGGAUUGUCAACAGGAAACAAAGCACCGGAGCUGAUGUGACACUGCUGUACAGUACAGCUGCUGUGCUGUGCUGCCUGCUGGACUCUGAGGCCUGGGGAGCACUGUCUGUGUCCAACAGAGAUUCUCCUGUCUCUUUGUCUGCUGGAGUUGAAUUAUUCUGCACCUGGUUAAUCCACUUGGCUGGAGCUGGCAAACCCUGGGCUUUUUUUCUUGACACCAGCUACUGUAAAGUCCUUUGACAGCUAUGGGGAGAAAAAUGUGUGCGUGAGCAGCCUUCCCAGGCUGGCAGCUGAGCACUGCACGGAGCCCAGGCAGCUUUGAGGUGUCCUGGCUGUUCAGUGCUCUGCAGAUAUGAACGCUGAGCUUUGGGCCUGGUUGCUCUCACCAUGCUAGUACAUGGGAAGGACGACUUCCUCUCAGACAUAGCCUACAUCAUCCUGGAACUGAUCAUUGCAGUGCUGGCCAUCCUGGGGAACAUCCUGGUCUGCUGGGCCGUCUACCUGAACAGCAACCUGCAGAACGUCACCAACUAUUUUGUGGUGUCCCUGGCUGCUGCUGACAUUGCCGUGGGCGUGCUGGCAAUCCCCUUUGCCAUCACCAUCAGCACUGGCUUCUGUGCCUUCUUCUAUGGCUGCCUUUUCAUUGCCUGCUUUGUCCUGGUUUUGACUCAGAGCUCCAUCUUCAGCCUCCUUGCCAUCGCCAUCGACAGGAUCAUUGCCAUCCGAAUACCCCUCAGGUACAAUGGCUUGGUGACCGGCUCUCGAGCCAAAGGCAUCAUUGCCAUCUGCUGGGUGUUGUCCUUCAUCAUUGGCCUGACCCCGAUGCUGGGGUGGCACAAGCGUGCCCAGAACCAAGAGCCAGGUUCCAACAAGUCCUCUCCCAUCAACUGCAGCAACAGCAUGGUGGCGUGUCUCUUCGAGGCCGUGGUCACCAUGGAGUACAUGGUCUAUUACAACUUCUUUGCCUGUGUGCUUCUGCCCCUCCUUCUCAUGUUUGGUAUCUACUUGAAAAUCUUCAUGGCAGCCCGGCGCCAGCUCAAGCAGAUGGAGAACAAGAUGGUACACGGGGAACGCUCCCGCUCCACGCUGCAGAAGGAAGUCCAUGCAGCCAAGUCUUUAGCCAUCAUUGUUGGGCUGUUUGCAGUCUGCUGGCUUCCACUACACAUUAUUAACUGCUUUACCCUUUUUUGCCCAAGUUGUGCCCACGCUCCCCUCUGGCUGAUGUAUCUGGCUAUUAUCCUGUCUCACGCUAACUCGGUUGUAAACCCCCUAAUUUAUGCCUACCGCAUCAGGGAGUUCCGAUACACCUUCCGUAAAAUCAUCAGCCAGCACAUCCUGGGCCGGAAGGAGCCGUUCAAGGCGGGAGCAGCCAGCUCCAGGACUUCCACCCACGGUGGGGACACCGAGAACGCCAGCAUACGGAUCAGCGAGUAUGCACUAGAGGUGUACGCCAACGGAGAGAUCCACAGGGAUCCUGAAAAGCAGGACUUAAACAAAUGCAAAGCUGGCUUGGAAUGGCACCAGAAUGGAAAUGCUCUGGACUUGGAGACAAAUGGGCAUCUCCCACAUUCCUGCAAAAAUGGGAUUCUCUCAGAUGCAUGCCUGAACAGGGAGGUUCAUAGUGAAGAGCUAAUUGAUGCCCAGGUGUCUUACUCAGAUCUGGAAAGAGCAGCCUUUGCUGCAGCUGAUGUUUCCUGAUGAGACUUUCAAAGUUUUCCUGGUAGAAUUUUUUUCUUUUCCACUGGUGACCUCUGCCAUGGCAAAAAAGGGAGGUUGGGGGGCGGGGGGAGAGCAGUAUAUCCAGAUCACUGUGGAGAAAGGGGUCCAUGUCCAGGACUAUUGGAUGAUCCUAAAUACCAGACUGGAGAAAAGCCAAGAGACCAUGGAAGUGGACUAAGGAAGGAGCGACAUGUUACCCAUCAAUGGCCUGUCACCAAGAGCAGUGCCAAGGUCGAGGAUGGCAUUCCAAGUCCAGCACUGGGAGACUGCUGAUGCAGGGAUUUCGGGACACUGUGCUGUACUGUGCCUGUGCUUGAGUGUUGGUUUUGCUGUCUUUACCAAUGGAAAUAGAAGCAUGGCUGGAAGUAUUCCCUGAAUAACAAAGAUCAGCUGGGAAGGGCCUCUUAGUACUGUGGCCCUGCAACAAGUAGAUGGGGGGAUAGCAAAAUCUGUAAGAAGGAAGCCAGGAGCUACUUGGAGAAGGAAGGAAUUUACCCGAUGAGAACUCUGGAUACUUUCAACCAUGGCACUUUGUCUUUCAGUUUGUGUUUUUAAAGCUUAUACUGCAAAAGGUUGCUCAAUUUUUUUUUUCCACGUGGUGAUAAGGUUACUUAAGUUAUAAAAGAUGGCCAAGAACUCAUAUCCAUUCCCUGAGUGCUCAGUGUUCCAGAUGCACAUGGCACAUAUAACCUCCCAGUGCUCCACUUUGUUCAACAAAUCACCAAAGCUGAGCCUUGCCAAGGAUUUCCCCUGGCAGAAGGGCUGUUAGCAGGAUGUGGUGCUGGGCCAGGGCUGUGGCUGUGUUCUCAGGGCAGGGCUGUGAAGGGCUGUGGUUGUGUGAGUUCUUUUUAGGCUGGUGGCACUUUCUGCUUUCCCUCUGUUUCUGUGCUUCUGCUCCUGAGCUCCUAGAAUGCAAAUGCUUUCCAUGGCCCCACAUGUGUGUGAGGGGAGGUAAUAUUCCAUAUUUCAGUCAUCCUCAUCCUCAUUCAACAGGCUGAGGGACAUUUUUUUUCUUUCUUGGGAUAAAGAGCAACCCACACACAUAUCUUGACCUAAUUUUGGAAUUCCAGUGAGCUCUAUUUAGAAACGUUAUCUCAGUGAUUUCAGUUUUUUUUUUUUUCCUGUGAAGCCUGAUGUGUCCCUGUGGUGCAGAGGCCAACAGAGCUGGGCCUGUCUGAUUAGAAGAUGCUCCUGCUCUGAGAAGCUGAAAAGUGUCAGUAGUAUUGGAACUCAGCUUAAAAACUGCAGUUUCUACUUUCUGUUGAAGAGAACAGGCAAAUCUGUGCUGCAGCAAGUGUACACACUGCUGUGGUUUGUUACAGAGGUGUUUCAUUGCAUUUUGGUAAUUUUCUGUGUCACAGGAAGUCUGGCAGCUCAAGAACAGCAGAAAAUCACAUCAGCUUGAAUUCUACCUGAAGAUCAUCUGGGUUUUGUUUUUCAGACAAACAAUCCAUGUUCAGUACUACCAGCCUUCUGGAGGGAUUGGCAGUAGUGGUCCUACUGGGAAAUGCAAAGUCUGGUGAUUUCAGGGAUCUGAAGCUUAUUCCCUAUCUGAAAACCCAAUCUGGUUCCUCCUCAUAUCUGUCCACUAACAUUUCAGAAGCCAAGGGAAAUUGGAUUUUCAUACUUGAGGAAGAGCAGGUUAGCUUUGUGUGUUCUUAUUCCAUGUUUAUUUUAUAUAUUGUGAACUAUUAAAAUGAAAAAUCAAUUUCAUUUUGAGGAAUUUUUUUUUUUUUGGCCAGUUUCUCUACAUGCAUGUGGAGAAGUUUGUGAUGCUGAAUGUGUUUGAGUAUGUAGCUGCUCUAGGCUAGCACAAAGCUUACUAUGAGAUGGAUAAAAAGAUGUGGCUGCCACCACAGUCCUUAGCAGAAAGACAGGCCAGUUUGUAAAACAAUAGGCUUUGUGGUUUAAUUGAACUGCUGCUUUCUUGGAAGGGCUCUUCCCCCUCAGUCUGACGUGAGAGGAGAGGAUUAUCACUGCAGCCCCACUGAGGAACACUAAGCCAUUUCCCUGGGACUGAUGUCAUAGGUAGUUCCUCUGUAGGGUGACUCGGGAUCUCGUUGCUCCUGAUCCUUCUUGAAGGAAUAUUUCUCUAGGUUAUUUGUGUGAUGGCUUCUCUGACCUCCUGUAACAGUGGCAGAAGAACUCAGGAAAAUGGGGGGCUGUUCUCUUCAGGCCUCAGCUGGGAGCUGCAACGUUUCUAAGAAUAACACAAGAUUACAUCCGGCACUCAUGUCAAUAACAAUUAGGUCCACAAAGACCCAGAGCAGGGAAGGAAGUGUGGGAAAAUACCAGCAUGUGCUGGAACACACAUGAGUGCAGAAGUGUUGCCUGUUGAGCUUUCGCUGCCACUGUAAAUGGAUGGUUUGCACUGCAUUGAAUCAGACUUCCCACAGUCCGUGUGGAUUGGUGGCUUUCUAUUGUUUCCUGAGCAUCUCCACACUUACUUAUGGCAGUUUCUUGCUUGGUUGCCCCAAGAAUCAAGUUGAUCUAUGUUGAUGGACAAACUUGGGAUUGUUUUGCUUUCCAAACUGCUCUGGAAAACUUUCCUGCCCAACCAGAUCACCAAGCGAGCUUACUGACUUUCCAGAUGCCUUGAAUUUAGCUUUUGUGUUGCUGCUUGAGCUGCCCCCGAGUGUAUCCAGUCCCUUUCAAUCUAGUGACCCACUCUUGAAAGUGAAAAGGGUGUGUGAAGGGGGUGGGCUGUGUGCAGGAGGAAGGGCAGGGUACACAGAGAGCAUGGUUUGUGGAGCUGUGUGCAGUCACAGGAAGGAAGGGAUGGCAGCUGCACACAUGCUACGUCUUCUGGCAAACAUAUGGCUGAGAUGGACCCUCAGAAGAUGUUUCUGAAGCAGUUGCUGGGGGGAGCAGGAGCCUUUUGAAAGGAAUUCAGGACUUAAUAUUUUUUGUUUGGUAGGGAACAUAAUUUUAGGGCUUCCCGCUUUUUGGUUUGUUUUACUUAAAAAAAAAAAAAAAAGAAGCAAUAGGUUUCAUCAAUGAAGUAUGCUCUUUCCUUCUCCUGGCAGCUCUCCACUCUUGAGACAAGUACCUGCCUUCCAGACUUCCUAGGACCACUCAUAUCCCCAUUUUUCUUCCAGCUGGAGAACAUUUAGCUGAUCCAACUGUUCUAGAUAAACAAAGAUGGUGCCAAGACCAAGAGAAUGAGGUGACUAUCAGGAGAGGCUGGAGAAUACCUUCUUGGGAAUUCCAGGUGCAGUGGGUCCAGAGAGUAGGAGCUGGGGUCAGCAGAGACUAAUUUCAUUGAAUGAGAACUUCCUGCUAAUGAAGUCUGAAGAUGCAUAGAGAGAUGUAGUGCCUCAUUUGGCGUGAGGGCAUUCCAUGAAUUUCACCAUUUCCUGAAGACUCUUAGGCUCCAGAGUUUAUUUGCUUUAUAAGAGUUUUGGAGAAAGCAAAGUUUGAUCAAUUGCCAGGAGUAAUUUUACCAAGAGUUCUUGGGGCUCUCUCCUUAAUAGGGCACUGCUUUUUUGUCUGCAAGUAAAUGCACCUAGAGCUGUGUCCUGCAGAGUCCCUUUUGGAUCAGUGAUAUUUUAAAGUUCCGUGCAAGUUUGAACUGCAGCUCUUGAACCAAGAAGCAAUUUGGCAUGAUGGGACAGUUGGGAAUACUGGAGACAGAAAGGAUUUCUCACUGGUCCCAGCUGGUGCUAGGGUGCAGGUGGACUUGGAGUGACAUAAAAUAAUCUGAGCCUUUGGUCAUUUUUUGAAGGGGAUGCUGGUAGAUAUAGAGAAGUCUCUAAGAUGUAGGAGACUGGAGGGUCAGGAUGGACAGGAAAUCCUGGUAGUGAAGGAGCAUUUGUAAAGUAGGCGUUUGGGAGGAUUUCAGGGGAGCAGGAAUGUGCUGGGAGGUGCUGUGGGGUGUAAAGAUGAUGCUGGCUUGAGAUCAAGGUGUGGCUUGCUGAGGAAGGACUCUGGAAAGGAUGUACAGCCUUACAGCUCUCCUGGGGUCACUGCAAGGAUUAGCCCUUCCUGGGCUGACUUUGGAAGGGGUAUAUUGACUGAGGCAGGGCUGGUUCUUAUGGACUAUGUCCUUUCCAGAUACAUUGUCCCUUUUCAUGAGCGCAUCCAGGUAUAACAAAUCCCCUUCUGCUUCAUGAGCAUGAGCCCUACCUAAAACCAAAUCCUUCCAGCCAAGUUCUGUGGAAGGGCAAACAGGCUGCAGUGGUGCUGCAAUGCAUUAAACCUGCAUGUGAUACUCUCUGGUGGUGUUUGCUAAGUUCAGCUGCCUAAUAGUCAGUUCUCUCCCAAAUUGUUUUGGGCAUCAAAUUGCACUGAGUCAUUUCAGCGUUUUUUUCUUUCCAGCCCUGAGCUUCUGGCUGUCUUUAUGGCAAAACACAUAAAGAGUAACAAAAAUCACCAGUUCUUUAUUUGCAUGAGAGGUGACUAACCCUGACAGAUGAGAAUCCCCAGACUGGGGCAAUGCUGUGUGUAACUCCCCACCUUACUUGCCUGCUGGGGCUGUUCACACAAGGAUAUGUUAAAAUCAAGACUGGAACCCGUUGAUCUGAGACCAUCCUUGACUGUCUCACGUCCCACUGUCUGAGGAGCUGGUGUUCCUGCCCUGUCCUGUGGAGAAGUUCUCUGUGGUCUGCAAACCAAGACACCAUGAACUCCCUGCUGCACAUGCUGUCAGUAUGAAACAAUUACUCUUUUAAUUUAAAUGUUUUAUGAUAUAGGUGUUGUUUUCCCUCUGUCAG